AUGGUAUUUUCUAUAGUAAAUGAAGCAUCAAAAACCUCAACAGUGAUUUCUGACUGGAGCGAAAAAUUUCGUAAUUUUUCCAAAGAUGAACUGGCUUCUUUUAAAGUCACAAGAGGUAGAGGACUUGUGUCAUCUUCGUUGUCUUCAUCAAAGCUUAAGGUAUUUUCCAAAAUUUCGGCGUCAGAGAGGACUCCCCAUACAACAACAUCUUCAUCUACAUUGACAUAA